GUAGUUACUUAACCUUACUCUAUUGUAUUCGGUUUUGUUACACAAAUGUAAAUAUUAUAUUAAAAUAAGUUAUUUAAAAUAGAUUAUACGUAACAAAGUGUGAUAUUUUUAUUUCCUGGCUGUGCCACAUAAUUAUAGUUGAUUAUGUUAUUUUUUAAACUGAACAGGUAACCAGGCCCGAGGAAUAAAAGCGCCAGACUGCUUACGAUAUUUAACAAGGCAAAACAAAACGGGAAAAAUCGAGGAAAAGCGCCGGGCGGGAGGACCGAACAAAGGUCGGAAACAUGUCGAAAAGACAACAACGGGCGGAUAUUGGAUCCAUUUCCGGUUUGGAGGACCAGGAAAAAGAAACUGAGUUACCGGCGACGUAUGUCGUUAUGAAAGUUAUACCCGAUAUCCACGAAAAGGGGUUGCAAUGGCUGGCUGCGAAAAUAAUCGGAAAUAGAGUCGAUGGCGGUGGAGAGUUGAUUGCUAUGCUUCAGCCUAGGACAUCGUCGGAUGAAGAAUACACAUUUCACAUAUCAGCCACAAUAGUGAAACUCCUAGAAGUGGCCGAAGAAAUUGAACUGAGCAAACCCGAUGCCCGGGGACACCCUCGCGAAUUCACCGUGGCAGAACUCGACGAGUUUCCCGCUAAUGGAAAAACCAUCGACGACCUCUUAACUUUGGCGGAUCGGCAGCGAAUUGUAUUGCACGAGCUGGAAAAUAUCAGGGCGCUCGAUUAUGAGAAGUUUAUUCCCGGUUAUCCGUUGAUCAAAUUGUACGAAGGCCAAGCCAUUUUACCUUUAGCGAAGAACAAAGAUUUGAUUACUAAAUUAUAUCCGGUUCAUGAUGAGGAGCAAUUAAAUAAGCUGGCUGGUAGCUGGUAUAUGCCUAGAUUUUUCAGGCAACCUAUAGAAGAUAUCAAAGACUACUUUGGUGAAUCCAUAGCCCUCUAUUUCUCCUUUCUGGAAAGUUACACCAUAGCCUUAACGGUACCCGCUUUACUCGGCCUAUGCGGUACAAUAUUCAGUGAAACUGUGCCAUUUUUUUGCGUUUUUAAUGUGAUAUGGGUCACCACGUUCCUGGAGCUUUGGAGGAGAAAAAGUAACGAAUUGGCAUAUAAAUGGGGAACUAUAGGGAUGACUAGCAUGGACGAGCCGAGGCCAGGCUUUAAAGGUGUUAUGGGAAUUGAUGCUGUUACUGGAAAAGUUUGUCCCCAAAGUCCCAGGUUUAUGACUUAUGUGAAAAUGUACGGAGUGUCUCUUCCUGUAGUAAUAAUCUGUAUGAUUUUGGCUUAUUAUUUUAUGCUCUUCUCGUUUUGGGCGGAAGAUUACCUGAAACAGAUGAAUGAACCUGAUUCCUAUUUGAUUAUGGUGCCCAGCAACGUGUAUUCCAUUAUGGUAGUCAUUAUUAGCGAAUAUUUUAAGGUGUUUGCUACAUAUUUAACGGAAUGGGAAAACCAUCGCACCCAGUCCCAAUUCGAAAGGCACCGCGUAACAAAACUGGUGCUCUUCGAGUUCGUCAACAACUUCCUCUCGCUGUUCUACAUCGCUUUUGUUAUAAAAGACAUCGAGAUGCUGCGGAGUCAGUUGCAGACCAUGCUUAUUAUUUCGCAGGCAAUUAACAAUUUCCAAGAAGUAUUUAUGCCGCUCGGCAUGAAUUAUUACUCCAUGAAGACUUCGACCCGGAAGGUAAAAACGAAAAAGAAAAAAUCGAAUUCCGCCGAUACGGCCGCAGGGGAACACGAGGAAUUCGCGGAGGACGUAGGAAGUUUUCCUUUAUUAAACAUCCCUCAGCUGCAGCCCGACGAUCCGAGAAUAAAGCAGGCUGAAAGGGAAGGAAACAUGGAGGAAUAUCUUGAUACUUACGAUGACUAUUUGGAACUUUAUAUCCAAUUCGGAUAUGUUUUUCUGUUUUCGUCGGUUUAUCCUACAGCUGCGUUUCUGGCACUACUUAAUAAUGUAUUGGAGAUCCGAGCGGAUGCAUUUAAGCUUUGCAAACUUUUCCGACGUCCGUUCCCAAGGAAAGUUAAGGAUAUUGGAGCUUGGCAGAGGUGCUUCGAAACGUUAGGAGGUAUCUCAAUAGUAACCAACUGCGCAGUAUUAUACUUAAGCCCGGAUAUCCGUACACGUUUUCCAAACUACUCAGAUGUCCAGCUGUUGAUUUUCUUCAUGUGUCUGGAACAAGCUCUCCUUGGUAUCCGCUACUUGAUCCACAUAGUAAUAUCGGACAAGCCUGAAUGGGUCAGAGUUGCACUGGCCAGGAAAAGUUAUGAUGCCAAGAAGGCUCUUAAAUUCGAGAGAUCUCAAAGGAACAAGAAGUUGUUAUUUAGAUUUAGAACUGUCCAGUAACCGUAAUUUCAACUAAAGUAAAUUUUCCUAUAAUAUACUAACUGAAAUAGGUAAGUCUGAAUUAUAAGACUAAUUAUCUAACUGUAAAUAAGAGUUAUAUAAUAAAGUUAACUUUUUUGUUGAAAAUAAAUACAGUAUAAGCUACUAAAUA